GCCAGGCUCCUGCCUGCCUUCGCUCUGCACCCGUCGGUCCCCGCCGGUGUCUGCAAGCCCCGCGGUGCUAGCGGUCUUACCUAUCCCGGCUGCGGGCUCGAGGAGCGUCUGCCCGACCACACCUCUGGCACUGCAGAGGAUACAGAGCCUUAGAGGAGCAGCUCGCCUUGAAUGGAGGAAGGCAUCGUGCUGGAGUUAGCUCUCUUGGAGCUCACUCAUCGGGCCUGACCCAGCAUUGCAGAGACUCUCCUAGGGAGGAGGUUGGCAGAGCAGACUUCGGGAGGAGAAGGGAUUGCAGCCGUUCUGCUGGAAGCAGGGACCCUCCGGCAUAGCGAUAGUUUCAAGUGUGUGUUUGAGAAAAGUUUGGGAAGGAUGAUCUCGAGAACGGUGUGCCUGUUCGGAACUUCUCCGACUAUUAACUUUCAUUUAUUUCUUGGAGUCUUUAUGUACCGAGCGCUCGCUGGCUAUGCAAAGAUGAAUGAAGCCUAGGAGGUCAAAGAAGGCUCCCCGGGAGUGGUCCUUGAAUUGUCCAACAGGUUGAAGGGCAAGAAAAAUGGGUAGGGGGCAGACGCAUGAUGUUACUGGGAAAAAUUCAACUUCGACAAGGAUGCCACAUGGAAAUUACUGCGGCAGAAACAGCUCUUCCGAUGACAGGGCACAGCCCUGUGUUUGCCAUGCAGCAGAUGGUGGCGGGCGCGCCCCAUGUACUGGUACGGAGAACCUUCCCCAGACCGGACCUCCUUAUGACAAGGACUCUGUGCAGCCCAGGUCCCAGCCAGCCCAGAGAGAAGCGACCAGAGGCUGCGGCCUUAGGGCUGUAUCACCGCCUCCCAGCACUGGGAAGAAGCCUGGGCCACACCAUCCGGCAACAGGCGUCCUCCACAGCCAAAGCUUGGUGGGACAGAUAUGAAGAGUUUGUGGGACUCAAUGAAGUUCGAGAGGCCCAGGGAAAUGUGACAGAGGCGGAGAAAGUGUUCAUGGUGGCCCGCAGCCUUGUCGGAGAGGCUCGGGAGGCUCUAGAAGCCCAGCAGGCUAAGCUGAAGGAGGUGAGGGACCGCUUGGACCGAGUCUCCAGAGAGGACAACCAGUACCUGGAACUGGCUACCUUGGAACACAGGAUGCUGCAGGAAGAGAAGAGGCUCCGAACAGCGUAUCUGCGUGCGGAAGACUCGGAGCGGGAGAAGUUCUCUCUCUUCUCGGCAGCUGUGCGGGAGAGUCAUGAGAAGGAGCGCACAAGGGCCGAGAGGACCAAGAACUGGUCCCUCAUUGGGUCGGUUCUAGGAGCUCUGAUCGGUGUGGCUGGCUCCACCUACGUUAACCGGGUCCGGCUGCAAGAGCUGAAGGCCUUACUCCUGGAGGCCCAGAAAGGGCCCGCAAGUCUCCAGGAGGCCAUCCGUGAACAGGCUUCUAGCUACUCCCUCCAACAGAGAGACCUCCAGGACCUUAUGGUGGAUCUGAGGGGCCUGGUGCAUGCUGGGCAGGGCCAGGGCUCCGGGUUACCAACAGGUCCUCCAUCUACCCCAGGAAAAGACAUCGAUGUCCUUUCAGCGGCCAUGAAAGAGCAGCUCAGUCAUUCCCGGCAGGUCCAUUCCUGCCUAGAGGGUUUACGAGAGCAGCUUGACGGCCUGGAAAAGACUUGCAGCCAAAUGGCUGGGGUGGUUCAGCUCGCAAAGGCUACAGCACAUCCAGGCCCGGUGGAGCCGGGAGAUGGGCCCCUGCCCAGCUCUCUGUUGGAACGUGGGAGCGUGAUCUUGGCCCUGUCUGAUGUGGAGCAGAGGUUAGAGGCCCAAGUCAACAGGAAUGCUGUCUGCAGCACACUGGUCACCUGUGUCACUGUUGUAGCCACACUGCCGCUGCUGUACAUGCUCUUCAAGACCAGCUAGCCCUGGCGUCCGUCUUCAGAGGGGCCUAAUGGGGAAGGUGGCUUUUGUUGGUGAGAGAAUGAAUUCUGAGGUACAUACACUUGAGCCUGACUCUGAGUGCCAUCAGGGGGUUCUCCAGCAGGUAUAUAUUUUGUAGGGAAUGCUUAUUUACAUUAUCAAAACUUUGUGCAAAUGUUCAAUUAAAACACCUAAGAGUUUGUAUUAUUUAAAA